GGGAUGGGAGACAGUUUCACUCGCUCGGACCAAUCGAUUAGUCGCAUAACGAUAGCGACUUCUUAAAUGCAGAUGUGUCGUGUAGAGCGACGUCAGUCGGUAAGCGACAGGCGUCGGGAGCGCACGGGUAUGGCCCCGUUAAGCCGUUGCCGUACACACGCUGCUCCUUUGUAGUGAACUACGCGCCGGGCUGUAAGGUCACCGCAGCUCUAUGUGAGAACACGUUUCUUUCAGCCAUCGUGCUAAUUAAAACAUAAAAUUAGGGCGAAAUAAAACUUCGUCAAUUUCCAAAAACUUGUAAUCACGACCUAAGUCUUGUCAUCUUAAACCACGUAGAGAACACUAUGAGUGCAAGUAAAUUAUGAAGUGAACAAAGAAAGGAUUGUACCCGUACAGGGGGCGAGAACAACCAAUCCCGAUGUAAAUCAGUGGACAAUAUGGGCCACUGGGUGACAGCGGCCAGCUCCGUGCUAGCCUUCCUCCUGUACUAUAACACCUUGGACGCUGGCUUCGUUUACGAUGACAGACGGGCGAUCCUCUCCAAUCCGGAUGUCAUCGCGCAUACACCGAUAGAGGCUUUAUUCGAAAACGAUUUCUGGGGGACGCCGCUCUCAGACCCAGGCUCUCACGGCUCGUAUAGACCAUUAUGUACCGCCACCUACCGGCUCAACUAUGCCUUCAGUGGAUUCAAGCCGUGGAGUUACCAUUUACUCAACAUCAUAUUUCAUUGUACGGCAACAGCGCUAGUGGUCACAGUUGCCAGACGGCUCCUGCCCCAUUAUUGCAUGAGAGUGGGCACUGCCGUUGCCGGCUUGACUUUCGCAGCCCACCCUAUACACACAGAAGCCGUAGCUGGAAUUGUAGGCAGAGCCGAUUUAGCGGCUUGCAAUUUAUUCCUGCUCAGUUUUUUACUCUACAAUGAACACAUACGACUCCGAGAAAGGCAUCAGAGACGCCAGUGUCGGAAUGUUAAUAAGAACAUCGUGCUGCGCCGUAAAAUAGAAUCGAGUGAACAUCCAUUUAGACUGAGCUGCCAUGGAUUGGUACAACAUAUUAUGAUGAACUUUCGUAGACUGUUGAAGGCGAGCAAAGCGGGCCCCAUGAAGGUAUUCGAUCCGUGUGAAUUAAAAACUGAAGCAGUGAAACUCAAAUGUCAAAGUGAUAGUGUAAGUGAAGAAGCCAGUGAACUCUUACAGUGGCUCACGUUAUCUGGCACUCUGCUAUUUGCAGCCGCAGGCACUCUAUGCAAAGAGCCCGCGAUAAUGGUUCUGCCUCUUUGCAUAUUCUACGACUUUAUCAAGGGUACGCGCCAAGAGGAAUCUUAUUCCAAGAGUCGCUGGAGAAGCAUUUGUGCACUUGGAACAGGCGGCUUCGCUUUGCUUUAUUGGAGAAUUCGCGUCGCGGGCACGCCCACUGCCUUCGCCGCAGCCGACAACCCCGCAUCUAGGGACCCAUCCAUCUUCACUAGAUUCUAUACCUUCUCCUACUUACCCGUCUUCAACUUCUUCCUCCUCCUUUACCCUUUCCAUUUAAGCUUCGAUUGGUCUAUGGAAUCGAUACCUCGAAUCACAACCAUAUCUGACCCCAGAAACAUAUCUACAGUUAUAUUCUACGCCGUCAUAUCGAAAGUAACGCUAAGAGCUAUAAAAAAUGAAUUGAGAAAGCGGCACGAGAGAUCUAAUAAAGACAUAAAAUAUCACAAGAAACAAAACUGCAAGACCAGACAUAGGUGGAGUUCUAACAAUAAACAGUUUAAUAGAGGUCAAGACUGCGGCGAAAGGAAGAGCUAUUAUGUAUCACACAAUAUUAACGUUUCAUGUAAGAAGUUAUUGUGCCCAUGCACAGGGUGUAGACACACGCUCACUGAGGAACACACUACUGCGUGUCGAGCAAUCAACAACAAUAACACUAUGAUGCACAAUUCGAGUUGUGUCUGCCCGAUGGCAAGCUCAAAAUCUAAAACACCUAAUAUUCAGAGAAACAUUUAUCGCAGUCCCCAAGUUGCUUUACUAAUGUUCAUGGCAUUUAUGGUCUUGCCGUUCGUGCCUGCUACUAAUCUCCUAUUUUAUGUUGGUUUUGUGGUUGCGGAGCGAGUGCUAUACAUACCGAGCGUUGGUUUCUGUUUAUUGCUCGGUUUGGGAGCUGGAGUCGUGACGCGAGGCUGCCAUCGGAACGAGACAAGGAGCAGAGUGUUCAUGUUGACGUUAUUGAUCGCCUUGUCUUCGAUGUGCAGUUACACUAUGCGCCGAAACCUCGACUGGCGUGAUGAAGAAAGUUUGUUCCGAAGCGCACUUCACAUCAACCCGCCAAAAGCCUACGGAAACCUUGGAUCGGUGCUCACAGCGCAAGAUCGGACUACGGAAGCAGAAACAGCUUUUGAGAGGGCGCUCAAACAUCGUCCUAAUAUGGCCGAUGUUCAUUAUAACUUAGGGAUUUUACUUCAGAACCAAAGGAGAUAUGGUGAAGCUAUCAAAAGUUUCGAGAGGGCAAUUUAUUUUAGACCUACUAUGGCUCUGGCCUAUGUCAAUUUGGGAACUUCUUUGAUGGCGGAUGGACGCUUGGCUGAGGCGGCGAGUGCUCUUCGUGCUGGCUCUCGCGCAGAAGGUGUGAAGGUCCGCGACCGCCGUGAGCACGAGUCCGCGCGAGUCUCAGCACUCGUGCAACUAGCAGCGCUGCACUCCCGGCGAGGGCACUGGCACAAAGCGCUGUCAGCGUACAAAGAAGCGCUACAAAUGUUGCCAGAAACCAACGUGCCCAUUGUCGGGUGGACGCGACAUAGCGUGCUGUCCAUGGCUGGGGAAAUUUAUGUACUACUGCAGCAGUGGCCGCAAGCUGAGCACAGCAUACUAUCUGCGCUAGCAAUAGCACCGAAUCACGUGGGAACAAACGUCGCGCUAGCACAAAUACUCGCUAGGAACACGAGUAGAUCAAUAGAAGCAGAAGUGUGGUUCAAGAAAGCUCUAAAAUUAGCACCAAAUGAUCCCUCAGUACGAGACCAAUUUGGUAUGUUCCUGCGAUCUCAGCGCCGAUUACGUGAGUCAGCUGAGCAGUUGGUAACAGCAGCGCAACUAGCACCUACCGACGGAAUACGGGCGGCUGCGGCAGCGCAAGCGUUGCGAGACGCCCGACGUUGCCGCUCUGCUGAACGCUGGUAUGCGAAAGCUGUUCAGCUAGAACCCGAGAACGCAGAAUUUCACUCCAACCUUGGUGCGAUUCUUCACUUGAACGGUAAAUAUGCCGCGGCAGCGUCAUCGUAUCGUCGAGCGUUGCAACUCGAACCUAACGAUGACGUCACAAUUACGAACCUCAAGAGGGUCAGGGCGCUCAUGAGUCAGCAACGAAGGAAAUAAGAUAAGUUUUGUAAAAUAAUUGCUAUUGAUAACGAUAGGCAUCGCUUUUGGUUAAUCGGAAACGGUAUGCUUAGUGAUUUUUUUAAGAACUGGAAUGUAAAAUGAGUUGCUAUA